UCCUCAUCCCCAUGCCCACCAUCCAAUCCCACACAAAUCAAAAACCUUAAUCUUAAAUCCGUCUCAAUCGAUCAGUAGAGAUCAUCAGAGAGAAAAUGGGAUCGGAAGCUCUAGUUCAUGUUCUUCUCAUCUCUUUCCCCGGCCAAGGCCAUGUCAACCCUCUUCUACGACUUGGGAAGCGUCUGGCAUCAAAGGGUUUGCUUGUCACCUUCUCCACCCCUGAAAGCAUCGGCAAACAGAUGCGGAAAGCCAGCAACAUCACUGACGAGCCUGCCCCGGUCGGUGAAGGCUUCAUCCGGUUCGAAUUCUUCGAAGACGGCUGGGACGAGGACGAGCCGAGGCGCCAAGACUUGGACCAGUACUUGCCGCAACUGGAGCUCGUCGGCAAAGUGGUGUUCCCUGAGAUGAUCAGGAGAAACGCAGAGCAGGGGCGCCCCAUCUCCUGCCUCAUCAACAACCCUUUUAUUCCUUGGGUUUCUGACGUGGCUGAGAGUCUCGGCCUCCCUUCCGCCAUGCUUUGGGUCCAAUCCUGCGCUUGCUUCUCCGCCUACUACCACUACUGCCAUGGCUUGGUUCCUUUCCCUUCUGAAGCAGAACCUUUUAUUGAUGUGCAAUUGCCAUGUAUGCCGGUUUUGAAGUACGAUGAAGUCCCUAGCUUCUUGUACCCGACCACCCCGUACCCAUUCCUGAGGAGGGCCAUUUUGGGACAGUACAGGAAUUUGGACAAACCCUUCUGCAUAUUGAUGGACACAUUCCAGGAACUCGAGCAAGACGUCAUCGAGUAUGCAUCCAAGCUCUGCCCGAUCAAAACCGUCGGGCCUCUCUUCAAGAACCCAAAGGCACAGAAUGCAGCUGUGCGCGGUGACUUCAUGAAGGCUGACGACUGCAUGGAGUGGCUGGACUCGAAGCCGCCACAGUCUGUGGUGUACAUUUCCUUCGGAAGCGUGGUCUACUUGACACAAGCCCAAGUCGACGAGAUCGCUCACGGGCUCUUGAACUCCGGGGUCUCGUUCUUGUGGGUGAUGAAGCCACCUCACAAGGAUUCCGGCUACGAACUCCUUGUUCUUCCUGACGGAUUCUUGGAGAAAGCCGGCGACAAAGGCAGGGUUGUUCAUUGGAGUCCACAGGAGCAAGUUUUGGUUCACCCCUCCGUUGCAUGUUUUGUGACACAUUGUGGGUGGAACUCAACCAUGGAGUCACUCACCUCCGGCAUGCCAGUGGUGGCGUUCCCGCAAUGGGGUGACCAAGUCACCGACGCAGUGUACUUGGUGGAUGUGUUCAAGACCGGCGUGAGAAUGUGCCGCGGUGAGGCUGAGAACAAGGUGAUCACUAGGGAUGAGAUCGAGAAGUGCUUGGUGGAGGCCACAGUUGGGCCUAAGGCAGCGGAGAUGAAGCAGAAUGCCUUGAAGUGGAAGGCUGCGGCGGAGGCUGCAGUGGCGGAGGGUGGCUCAUCCGACCGGAACAUCCAAGACUUUGUGGAUGAGGUGAGGAAGAGAAGCAUUGCUCUCACUGCUCUCACUAGUAAGUCAGCGGCUAAUGGCGUUGAAGAUUUGGCCAACAAAUCAGUCGCCAAUGGGCUUGCAGAAUUGGUCGAGUCCAAGGCAAAUGGGAAGGUGGAGUUGGUUGAGGCCUAAUUAAAUUCGGAAGGUUAAUUUGGUUAGGUGUUAAAAUAAAUUUGAAAAAAAAAAAAAAAAUGUGAAGCUCGGGAGGGUACGUGUUAGGUAAGGAUUGGACGGUGGACGGGAUUUUGUAUGCAAUAACUGGGAUACCUGAUAUGGGGUAUUCGUUAUUUACCUUUUUUCUUUUUCUUUUCUCCAUCAUUAGGCGUCUUUGGUUUGGGCGCAAUGCUUGUUUAAUUUGCUUUUUAUUGUUAAGUUUGUUAUAUAUAAAUUAUGUAACUUCUGUUCUAAUUAUGCAAUUCCUGAGUCUUAAUUAGUGCCACUGCUAAAUUUAUGUUUGCCUUCAA